GUGUUUAAAAUGUGCCGACGCUCCGUGCCAGAAAAGCUGCCCGACUAAUCUGGACAUCAAGUCAUUUAUUACAAGUAUCGCUAACAAGAACUACUAUGGAGCAGCACGGGUCAUUCUGUCCGACAACCCUCUGGGACUGACCUGUGGGAUGGUUUGUCCCACGUCAGAGCUCUGCGUCGGGGGCUGCAACCUGUACGCCUCUGAAGAGGGACCCAUUAACAUCGGAGGCCUGCAGCAGUUUGCUACGGAG